AAAAUAAUGAAAUUUAAGCUUCUUUUUGUGAUAAUGGUUCUGUGUAGCUCUUAAGAUAUGCCAGAUUUGGAAUUCCCAAAAUAGACACCUGUGAUUAUGCUAAAUGACAAUAAUUGGGAUGCUAUUACUCAUUUAGGCAAUGAAGGAUUAGAAAAGCCAUGGUUUAUAUUCUUUUGGGCUCCCUGGUGUAAAGGUUGCCAUAGAAUAGUUAAGAUUUGGGAAGAAAUGGUAACUAUUUAUAAUGGUACAAUAAAUAUUGGUGCAAUCGACACGUAUCAUUAAUCCUUAAUAAAGAUAUAAUCAAGAACUUAUCGGUGAUAGGAUUGGUGUAACCAAAUAUCCAACCUUUGUUUUUUUCGAUACUGACAAUAGGAUGUAUUUCUACAACGGUAAAAUCUCAAUUAAAUCGAUAGAAUCUACUAAUAUCGGCAAUUUCACUCAAUUUGUUGAUGAAAAGAAAUAUCUGCAUCUAGAACCUUAUGACACUCCUAAGGAAAUUGAUCACUUCAAAAAAUGGCUAAGAAGAAUAUUCUCAUUGAAAAUGGUAUUGCAUUCACACUAUUACAUAGGUUCCUGUAUAUGUUGUUGUGGCCUUCAUAGUGGUUUUGACAUCUUUAUGCAUUUACGGGAAUAAGUAAGAAAAGAAGGAUAAAUCAGAAGCAAAAAGAGUAAAGUUAGAGUUGUUUAGAAAAUCAUUAGAGCAACAGGAGAGGGAGGAGUACCUCAAGAAAAAGAGGGAUUGAUUUGUUA